UUUUCCAAACACAAUGGCCUGUCAAUAGAAACUUAAUUAAUAUAAAAUGUCCUAAAUUUCCAGUGAUAUGUAUUCAUUUUCGUAUAUUCUCAUACAUAAAUCCUUAUUAAGUGUCCAUUCAAACAAUUAUUCCAAAUCUCAUUACGACGUAUUGAAUUUAUCAAGAAAUUGUACAACAAAACAAAUUAAAGAAUCAUUUAUAAAACUUUCUAAAGAAAAUCAUCCCGAUUUGAAUAAAAAUAAAGAUGCACACGCUAAAUUUUUGGCAAUUAACGAAUCUUAUAGAGUUUUGAGUAACGCACAAUCUAGGAGAAAUUACGAUUUAGGAUUAAUAUCUGAAAAUAACCAAGGAAAAUCCCACCCAGGUCCAGACGUGUAUACAAGAAGUUGCGGAAAUGAUUAUUGGACCGAUCCGACUUUUUACAAUAACCGUGAUAAAUCUAAAGAUAAAUUUUACGAAGAAAGACCUUAUUAUGGGAUUAGAGGUAAAGGUAAAGUGUCGAAUUUCACCGUAGUUGCCGUAUGUAUAGCAUUAGCAAGUUUUGUAGUGGGAUUACAAGCUUUAGCUAUCGUGUGGUACGAAAAAUCCAAAAAAAAGUGAUUAUAAUGGUUUGUUUUUAAAGAAAAUUGUUCCUUUUAGUAAGAAAAUCCACGACGUUCCAGAGAGAUAAACUAUUGGAAAAAUCGAGCGAGGCGGAAAAAUCUCUUAAGGAACUUAAGAGGAGAGUUGAAAUCAAUGGAAAUCAUGUUCAAUUAGAAAUUUUGAAUAUGAAAUUUGCAGAACAAGAACGAAUGCAACGUAAAAGAUAUUAAAUUCAUUCAAG